AUGGCUGCAGUGUCAGAUUCGUCUGUACGCUUCCACAAUAUCCAUGGAACCAAUGUGAGACUGGAUGUUUCUCAGACUGAGGCGACAAGAACAGACAGCUUUGGCAAUGGGAUUUGUUUCAGUGAAGAGCCUCUGGAUCCUGAUAAAAUUUUCCUUAUAGAAAUUGCAGAGAAAGAGUUAGGGUGGUGUGGGAAUGUAAGGGUUGGUUUGACAGCGCACAAUCCAAAAAACCUAGAAUCAGUUCCUGAAUAUUCUCUUCCUGAUUUAGUAAACUUGGGAAGCAGUUGGGUUUUUGCAAUAACCAGGAAUCACAAUAAGGUCUCCACCGAUGAUCAGGAAUCCAAUCCUGCUCCACUGCCAUGCUGUUCUACAGAGGCCUACUUGCAAAUUGGAAAAUGUAAGAUCCCUAAGGACAAAUUGGUAGGAAGAAGCAGGCCAGGAAGGUACAGUCACCUCUUGGAUGAACUGUAUAAGACAAAUGUUCUUCCUGCAACUGCCAGAGGAAGCAGAGUUGGGGUCUUGUAUACCACUCACAGUAAUAUGGGAGAAAUGCACAUUGUCAUCAAUGGAGAAGACAUGGGUCCCUGCGCCAGAGGAAUCCCCAUUAACCAGCCUCUCUAUGCUGUUGUAGAUGUGUUUGCUUCCACUAAGACUGUGAGGAUUAUACAAGUGGACUAUGGUUUUCCAUCUCUACAGACACUGUGUCGUCAGCUUGUUCAGAAAUGCAUAAUGCAUAGACUUGCCAUCGACUGGCUAGAUCUACCUGACCCUUUAAAGAAUUACUGCAAAUAUGAAUGA